GUUGCCUGCGUGCGCUAGAGCAAGACAGUUGAGGUUAUGUUGCUUUUCCAACCGGCUUUGAUACGUAUUCGUGUUCGGAUUUGACGUAUGUAUUCCACCCGGUGUGGAGAGUGAUGACCUAUUUGAAUUAGUGGAUUUCGUUCGGAUAAAAGUGAAGUGAUCAAAUUUGUAAUGAAGCCAACAGGAGCUGCUGUGAUCGCUUUGGUUAAUUUGUUCUACUUGAUCAAAGAUGCGGCAACGUUGCAGAAGUUUGACAAGCAGCCUCAUUACUCCGAGGUCAACCCCGGGGAAGACAUCAGACUUGACUGUAAGAUAUUCAACAAGAGAGGCACGUGCUCUUGGCAGAAGGACAAUAAGCCCGUCGGCAUCUACCUCAAAAAGUACGAGUGGGCGGGCAACCAGGAGAGCGGCGACUGCAGUCUCUGGAUUCGAGCAGCGACGCUCGAAUUCGACGACGGCGAGUGGGAGUGUCAGGUGACAGCGAGUGACUUCACCACUCAGGACGCGCUGACAAGUUCACCUGUACGACUUGUGGUUAGAGUCCAACCACAGCGGCCCAGGAUAGAACACCGCAGCAACGUCGUCCUGCCUGGACACAACGUCACGGUCAAGUCUGGGGACAAAGCCACGGUCAAGUGCCUCAGCAAGUAUGGAAACCCUCCAGCAAAGCUUAUGUGGUUUUUGGGUGAAGUUGACGUCACCAACAUGAGCAGUCAGAGCAACAGUCCUGAGAUGGACAAUCCGAGGACCUGGGUGGCCAGCUCUGUCCUGGAGAUAUCCUUGGACAAGGACCACCACCAGAGGAGUCUUCGGUGUGUCGCGGUGCAUGAGAGCUAUCCUGCCAAGAGUCAGAGUGCCGAGGUUCGCCUGGACAUCACCUAUCCUCCAGAGACGCGGUUGGUCGGCACCCCCGGGUCAGACGUGGAGGAGGGGGUAGACACGGUGGUCCUGAGGUGCGUGACGGAUGCCAACCCCCCGGCGACCAUCACCUGGCGACGCUCGGACCGCCAGGAGGUCGUCAGUGCCGAGGAGUCGCUCCAGUUCCGUCCAGUCACCAGAAGAGAUUCUGGGACUUACACGUGUCAAGCUAGCAACAAAUGGGGUUCUAGCGACCCUCUUACCGUCCAGUUAGACGUCAAGUAUGCCCCAGUGGUCAAGUCCGUGGGUCCUGACCGUUUGACCACAGCCUCCCUCUACUCCCAGGCUCUGUUCAACUGUGAGGCCGAGAGUCAUCCUCCCCCGCAGUACCAGUGGCUACAGAAACUGUCGGCCACUGCAUCCCAGGACGCCAUGGUCCGGGGCUCGGAGCGUCAACUUCUGCUGCGUAACGUCACCUACGACCACCAGGGAGAGUACGUCUGUAGAGUAGUCAACUUCAUCGGAGGCAAGGAGAGGAUGACUCAGAGCGAGGCAGUCAGUUUGCAAGUUGUCGGAGCGCCACAGAUCCUCAGAGAAGGCGGGGAUGAUGCGCUGGUAGAGGUGGUGAUGAUGCGAGGGCAGACUGCAGUGCUGAGGCAGGUAGUGUGUGCUGACCCUCGACCUCGGCGACUAAUGUGGGAGUGGGGCAGUCUGCAGCUAUCAGCUGGACAGGGGCUGGGCAGAUACCAUGCGGAGGACCUUAUACAGGAUGAGAGGGAGGACUGCUAUGAGGCUCGUCUUGUGAUUCAGGAUGUGGAACCCGCGGACUCCAGGAACUACUUCAUGUUCGUAGAGAAUGACCGCGGCAACGACCGGCACUCUGUGCGGCUGGCCGUCCGUGGUUCGUAUGCUGAACCUAUUGCCAUGACUACCUUGAUCAGCCUAGCUGGAGCUUGUUUCGUAGUCUUCCUCCUGUGUAUACUCUGUGCUGUCUAUUGUGUCAGAGCAGAAAAGUGCUGCUUCAAUAGAAGAGGUGACUUUAGACCAACAGAUUUGGAAAGUGUGAUCUUUUACAGCGAGAAGUCCGAGUUGGACAGCACAGGGAGGAAGACGCCCAAGAUAGACGGACACAGUGUGCUGCACAAUGCAGCGGAGGCUAUGUACUGCAGCACCCCCACAAGACGGCCCCCCCACACCAUCACUGCGGGGGGCUCGCCAGAGGCCAUGAAGCGAGGUGCGAGCCAUAGUCACCGGCGCAGUACGGGCGCCAGACGCAGGUCCAAGGAGGACACUUUCAAGGAGCUGCAGGUGCCGAGUGUGAGCGCUCAUGGGGCCACUAUCAACAGAAUGUCCUACUACAACAAGGCGUUCCCUACGGACACAACCCCCCCGUCCUACUUCUGUCCGGCGCCCAACCUCAAACACAGGUUCGACCUGGACAGUGGCCGAGGUGACCAAAGGUCGUACCAUGAUUGCAACACUGUGUUGGUGCGACCUCACCGUGACCUGUUCACUCCUAGGACCAUGCCUUUAAGACACUACCAGUACCAGCCUCAUAGCAUUGAUAAGGCUGAAAUAUGAUACGAGUAAUGUUUGUUGAUGUGAUUUUAGGUUUUUCGAUCUCAGUUUUUGAUCAAAAUGUUACCUAAUACUUUUAAGAGUCCAGGAAUAAAAUGUAUUCUUUCAACUGCGAUAAUUCAACUAACAGUUAAUUGGUAAAAAAUAAUAUUGAGAAAAAUUAGUCAUAAAAAACAUAAUAUUCCUAACCACAAUACUGUAGGCCUACUGCAUUUGGUUCUCUUGUAUGCUUUGCUAAAUUCUAAAAAAUGAAUCUACACACAAUGAUAUUUGUAUAUUAACUUAUUAUUUGUAAAUACUCAAAUUGAAAUUGUUUAUAUGAAUUGCCUUAGUGAGCAUGCUUGACACAACUGUAUAUUAUUUUGUAAAUUUGUAUUUAUUUUUAAAAACAUAGAACUAAACUUAGUUUCAUAGAUGAUUUAUUGUAAGUAUUUGUUACCAUAAAGUUAUUAUGAUAAAAGUAAAUGUUUUCGUAGAAAUUGUUGCUAUAUCACUGUUAAAAAGUUUUAAAUCUCAAAAUAUUUAUGUGAUAAGUUAUAAUACUUCUAUUUUCAAUGAAAAAGAUGAAUAUGAUUUUUAUUAUCAAAUGUAAAUAAAGGCACAAUGAGAUUAUAGACACUGUUUUGUUAUUGGUUAUGCUUAUUAAAACUUUUAUUUGUGUUGUUGACUAAAAUAUUUACGUGUAAUUAGACUUUUAAAACAUUAAACAUGUGAAAUAUUACAUUUUCUGAAAGUAAAAAACUAAUAAAAAUACAAAGUCAUACCUUAGCAUGGUAAUGGUUGACUAAUUUCAUGGAACAUCUUACAUUUAAAUAUAUCUUUUAAACAGGUUUUAUUUAGAAACAUAUUUUACCAGCAAUUCCUUCAGUGGUAAAAUUUUACUUUGUUUAAAAAAAAUUUGCAAAUCUUCUCGCUGAUUUCAAAGAUUUCUUUAUAGUUAACUUCCACUGUCCAUGUAGUCACAUAAAGAGUUUAAGCUCAAAAACACUUAAAUUGAAGAUGUUUCACCUGCUCACAUAAUACAUGGAAUAUAUAAUUUAGUUUUAAGGUAAACUUUAGUACUUAGACUGUUAGAAAAAUGAUUUAGUUUUGCUUAAAUGUCAAAGGUUUAUUUGUAUCUAUGUACAUUGUACAUACAAUUGUGUGUUAAAUACUUCCUGUACAGGGAUCAACAGUUUAAAGAACUGAUUAAUGUACUCCUGUACAAAAUUAUUGUACGAAUGAUCGUAUAUUGUGUAUGUACAGACUUGAUGAUGAUGCGAUCAUUCGCAAACACGGCCCAUUUUGUAUCGAUUAUGUAAUAUACAGUAUGUUGUGAUCAAUAAAUAUAUUUCUGUAAAUACUUUACUGUCUUCUUGUUUUAGAUUUAUAUUUUGAAACAUUUGUUUUUUAAUGUUGAAAAUGUCUUGAAUUUGUAAUAAAUA